AGAAGCUUGUUUCUUCGAGCCCUGCGCGGAAGUGCCACUCCUGGCAGAGGAAAUGGCGGCCAUCAGGCGUACGUGGGUUUACGGCUGCCAACCAGUCAAGCACCAACGAAGUUGACGCGUAAGACAUGUAACUGUCUCUCUCGCCGCAUCGGGCUCAGUGGGCACAGCAGUAUGUGUGUGAGUGGAGAGAAGCCUGGUUCGUGUCGGAUGUUGAAGACGUAAAAGGAUCCCCCAGACUCUUGACCUUUUGGAAACAUUGCUGGUAAACUUUGACCCCUGCAGAAUGGCCAAAGAGCAGAAACCAGGAAGGGUGGAAACAUUUGUGUUGGCUGGAUCGAAUGGUCACAAUGGCCAAGAAUGGCACACUGGUCUGAGUAACCUGGCCUACCCUCCUCCGGGCGCUAACCGUGCGUCGAGGAUGGCCCGCGUUGCCUCGGAUGUGAGGCACAAGUGUGCGGCCUACAUGCUGGCACUGAGGCCGUGGAGCUUCAGUGCCUCGCUCACGCCGGUGGCCCUCGGCAGCGCCUUGGCGUACAAAUUGGGGGGCUCUGUGGACCUGGUCAUCCUGAUGGUGUGCGCGGUGACCGUCCUCAUGGUCCACGGGGCGGGGAACCUCGUCAACACCUACUAUGACUUCUCCAAAGGGAUUGACCACAAGAAGAGUGACGACAGGACUCUGGUGGAUGAAAUCUUGGCGCCGCAGGAUGUUGUCAUGUUCGGAGCGCUGCUGUAUUCGUUGGGCUGCAUGUGUGCCACUCUGCUCUACUUCUUGUCUACGCUUAGACUGGAGCACCUGGCCCUCAUUUACUUCGGGGGACUGUCCAGCUCUUUUUUAUACACCGGAGGCAUCGGGCUCAAAUACGUGGCCCUGGGAGACGUGGUAAUCCUCAUCACCUUCGGCCCGCUGGCGGUCAUGUUUUCCCACGCGGUGCAGGUCGGCUACCUGUCGGUGCUGCCGCUGGUGUACGCCGUGCCACUGGCCCUCAACACGGAAGCCAUCCUCCACAGCAACAACACCAGAGACAUGGACUCUGACAAGCAGGCGGGCAUCGUCACCCUGGCCAUCCUGAUCGGCCCGACGCUGUCCUACGUCCUUUACAACCUCCUGCUGUUUGUCCCCUACGUGCUCUUCUGCAUCCUCGCCACCCGGUACACCAUCAGCAUGGCGCUGCCUCUGCUCACGCUGCCCAUGGCCUUCUCGCUGGAGAAGCAGUUCCGAAGCCGAUGCUACGCCAAGAUCCCCCAGAAGACGGCCAAGCUCAACCUCCUCAUGGGACUUUUCUACGUCUUUGGGAUCAUUCUGGCGCCCCCUGGAAGCUUGCCGUCCCUGUGAUUUAAUAAAAAAGAAGAAAAAAAACUUGGAUUUCAUCAAUCGAAUGUUUUCUUGUUUUAAUACUAGUUCAUGUACCUCUUUGUAUUUGUUCAAAGCUCUUUGAGGGCUUUUGCUGGCUUUAAUUUAUUGUUUUAUUUAUAUGUUAAACAGAUUUAGCUUAGGUCGGCAACAUUUUUGUCGUCUGAGGACAGAUUAACCUACAGUUGCCAUAUAGACACAACAUUGAUACAUGAAAACAUUAUUAUACCACUCUUUGACAUUGUACUUUUUAUACGGUACAUGCUCUUAAAUUGUUUUGUUUUUCCUUUGGACAGCCAAAUGGUAUUUAAUUUGAUUGUAAUAAAACUCAGUGACGCUGA